AAUGGAUUGCUUUGAUCAUUAAUAAAAAAAGAAAUUAGUCGCCAAGAUGAUGUUAGAACCGUUAUUGGUGUUAACGGUAUUAAAUUGUUUUUUCAUGUUCAGUUCCACGGUGACCACAUGUGCUUUGUGUACAUAUUUCAAUAGGUGGCAGGGCAGAAAGCAUCGUUGUUAUCAUGGCAAUGCUGCAUUUUCACAUUCGCAAAUUAAAAAAUCAAGGAGUCAUUCCUGCAUUCCGAAAAAGUCUGUCAGAUCACAUAUUGAUAAGAUAAUCAGUUUUAUUGGGACUGAUCAUUCGACAAUGGGGACUAACAAGGCAGGGAAGCAGAGAUUCAAAAAUAUUUCCAAGCACAUGGACAAAUCGAAAAUGAAGAGGGAGUUAGCGAAGCAUCAUGGGGUGUCCAAAACAUCGAGUACGAAAUGUUUUGUUAAAUGUAUUAAAGAAGAAGCUAAUCAAACAAACAGACUGUUAAGCGAUCGCGAACCUAGAUCGAAAGUCGUAAUGGAAGUGGCGACUGUUCAAAAAGUUCAAAUUUAUGAUAAAGACUUAAACGAACCUGUAGUAUCGUCGAUGAAAAAUGUGUCAUCGUACACAGACUUAUUUGGGCAGAAGAAAUGCUAUAAAUCUGCACAAAAAACAAGAGCAGCCAAAUCGUCGGAAAACAUAUGAAAAAUAAUACAAUAGGAAAAUUCUUAUUAGCUAUUUCAAUCGUUCAUAAUUCAGUGCAUGAAGAUUAUUCUAAUUGUGAAAUGAUUUAAAUUAUUAUCUCUAUAAAGAACAAAAUUUGCAUCA